AUGACAGAUUCAAACUUAAGGAACGACAGCAACGAAGCUCUAAAUGGAUCGAAUGUGGAUCUUAUCUUUCCCAACGACAGCACAACAGCGUGUUUGAACUUGACAUUGGACUUUCGAUCCGUGUGGCUGGGGCUUUUUCUCGCCUUAUUUAUUCUGGUGGCGAUCGUGGGAAACAUUUUGGUCAUUCUGUCCGUGUUGUGCAACAGCCACUUGCAGACGGUGACCAACUUCUUUAUAGUGAACUUGGCCAUGGCGGACCUGCUGCUAAGCAUCGUGGUGCUGCCUUUCUCCGCCUCUCUUGAGGUUCUGGGCUGCUGGGUGUUCGGCCGGGUGUUCUGCAACAUCUGGGCGGCGGUGGACGUGCUGUGCUGCACAGCCUCCAUCCUCAGCUUGUGCAUCAUCUCUGUGGACCGCUACAUCGGCGUCAAACACUGCCUCAAGUACCCAAGCAUCAUGACCGAGAGGAGGGCGGGUGUCAUCCUGGUUCUGGUGUGGGUGUCGUCGGUUGUCAUCUCUGUUGGACCGCUCCUGGGCUGGAAAGAACCACCUCCCGUGGACGAGAGCAUCUGUAGAAUCACCGAGGAGCCAGGAUACGCGCUCUUCUCCUCCCUCUUCUCCUUCUACCUUCCGCUCCUGGUCAUCCUCAUUAUGUAUUUUCGGGUUUACGUGGUGGCCCGUAGGACAACCAGAAGUCUGGAGGCAGGUGUUAAGCGGGAACGAGACAAGUCCAUGGAGGUGGUUCUGAGGAUCCACUGCCGCAGCGUGUUGGAGGAUACGCGCGCGGUCAGCUCCAAAAGCAACAAGCAGCACCCGUUCAGGGGCUCGCUCUCCGUGCGCCUCAUGAAGUUCUCGAGGGAGAAAAAAGCGGCCAAAACCCUCGCCAUCGUCGUGGGGAUGUUUAUUCUGUGUUGGAUGCCUUUUUUCUUCUUUUUGCCCAUGGGAGCCUUCUUUCCAGCGAUGAAGCCAUCAGAGACAGUAUUUAAGGUGGUCUUUUGGCUGGGCUACUUCAACAGCUGCAUCAACCCCAUGAUCUACCCUUGCUCCAGCAAAGAGUUCCAGCGGGCUUUCACCCGCCUCCUCAGGUGUCACUGUCACCGCAGACGAAGGGCUCUGCGUCGCUUCUACGACCAGAAGUGGCGCUCGGCUGUCAAGGGAAUAGCAUUGGAACAAACAGGACAACACGAGUGUGGCUAUACCGUGCAAAGCUCCUGUGGCAGCUCUUUGAUAAGCAAGCCAGGGGGGAGUUUAAAGAGAUGGAACCUGUUUCCACCGCUGCAAAAGUCCUCUUUUCAGCUCAAAGAAACAGUGAACAAUCUCUCAAAUAAAAUCAAAGGAGGCACAGGGCGAGGCGGCACACCUGCAGUGGUCGAUGGAGUUUCAAAGGGGAUUUACAACGUGUGUGAACAAAGCAGCUACAGCAUUUAUGACUUGACUGAGUGUUACGGCCUGAAAGAGACGAACAUUUGA